GUUUGAUUUGACCACGGCGGAAUUUAUGUGGUGCGCGCAGCCCACGAAGCCAUUGGUUGCACCACGUUGUGAUAUCAAUUCAAACGCACGCGUAGACCCGCUCGCAGCCAAGCGCUUGGUUGCAGGCCGGUGUGUUUGUGUUGGGAGAGGGCGCUGUCAGAGCGGCUGGCCACCCUCUCUUUACGCCGCGGUAUUCGGUUGAUAAGGUACUGCUUGCAAGCGCAUUCACGAUGGCGGCUCCGUCGUCGCAGGACUUCAUGGCCAAGCUCGAGGCCGUGAAGACGCCGCUGCGCACGCCGGUGAAGACGCCGCUGCGGGCCGACCUCGAAGAAACGAUAUUCAACGAGCUCAUGGACGCGGACCACGGCCCGCACUGGACGUCGCCGGCCAAGAGCGACGAGGAGCUCUUCGUCGAGAUUGCAAAAGAAAACGGCUCGAGCGUCGCGUCCGACGACGAGGAGGCGCCGCCGGUCUACGAGGCGGUGCGGCCGCCGCCGGCGCCGCCACGAUCCGAGGCGCGGCCGCCUCCAUCCACACCGCCGCACCUCGCGGAGGCCCUCGCGCCCUACGCCGCUUUAUCCAAAGGUUCGCCCGAGGACGUGCGCCAACGGCUGCGAGCCGCGACGACGACUUUAAGAAGACGCCUCGACGCGGGCCUGCCGCUGCGGACGCUCGUGUGGGAUCGCCUGCACGGAAGGUACGCCGCCGCGACGCUGGUGCUCUUCCGCGAGCCGGGCGGCUUCUGGUGGCGCUGGGACGCGACGGCGCGGCGCCUGCGCCGGAGGAACCGGCGGCGGCGCCGGAGCGGCCUCGCGACGCCCUCGCCCGCGGCGCGCGCGGUCGCCUUCUUCGCGUCGUCGACGCCCCGGUACGCGUCCCGGCGUCCGAGGCGCCUUUGCAAGAGCCGCGUCCGGAGCAGACGCAGUCGCGGAGACGACGUCGCGUCGAUGGCGCGACUGGAGGUCGAAGAAUAAAACACGCAGGCCUCGCGACGUCGACGCCGGAAUACAGCCGCCGCCGCCGGAAGACGCCGAAACCAGGGCCGGACAAGCGUUCCUCAAGGCGGUCCAGCGGCGCCGCGGCGUCGAUUCUCAAGCAAAAGCCGACCACGAACGCUGGCUCGAGGCGCGCCGGGGCGGCGCCCCCAGUGCACCCGAUGAUAGUGACUCGUCCGACGACGACGGCACCAUCACCAUUCGGGGAGACACGGCGCACGUCCGCUGGUCCACGCUCGAGGGCGUCCUCCACGAGAUCCAGCCGAAGGGGCCUUUGCCGGAUCGCAAUCUGCGGACCUUCUCCCUGCUGCUCGCGGACAACGAGCGCCUCGACCUGGCCGUGGGCGACGCGCACUCGCGAAGAUCGCUGGUGAGCGGGUUUGGCAGCGUGGCGGCCGCGAUGCGGAAUCGCGACGGUGUCCGCCCGCUCGAUGUCUUGUUCGAUGAUGUAUUAAGAAAGUGCGACGGCGCUUUACUGAUCAGAGACGGCAUCGAGGACGCCGCGAAGAAUAGGAGAAGGGAUCUACUCGAAAGAUGCGGUCUGCGAAGGCUCCACGCCUUAUAUAGGGACGACCAGCACCCCGAGCUGGACGGGUCCAUCGCCAAAGGUACUUUGGUACAUGUAGCGCACGACCUCUGUCCGGAAAGCGGCGAGGCGCCCUACACCGUCGAGUUCCCCGUGCCGCGCGAAAAAGGUGAGUCAAGACGCUACGUCAAGUUGCGGCAGCCCUGUCCUUUGUUUGCCGCGGGCUCGUACGUCACUGGGGAAGUAAUAGGCCAUACCGAGGGGAGCUACGUCGUGCGCUACGUGAGCGGGCCGCACCUCCACACAAAAGAUUCGUUGGUGGAAGAAUUAUUCGGCGGCGAGGAGCGCAAGGAAGAAGAAUCAUUGAUUGAAAGACCGCCGAGCAUGCCCGAGGGGACGCUUCUCAAAGGAGUCAAGCGCGAGUUCCUGGAGGUCGACGUGGCCUAUCAAAAGAAGGACUUCGCGCCCUACUUCACGCUCACGGCUCUCCUGGUCUACUGGGUCAAGUUUUUUGUGGAUUUGUCUGGAGGUGAUGAAGUAAUGGGUUCACUCGACGAUGCGCUGGAGGCCGUGGCGCCCUUUGCCGACGACUGCCGGUUGCAGACGACUGAUUGGAGGCGGCUGUUCACGUACCAGUUCGUCCACGUCGACGCGGGCCACCUCGUCGCGAACUCGGUGAUUUUGCUUGUGCUGGGCUCGCCGUUAGAGAUGGCGCACGGGCCGGUCGUGGGCCUCGCGUUCGAGGCCGGCGUCGUGCUAGGUGCCGUCGCAUCUCUGAUUUUCGCGCCCUAUCAGAGAGUCGUGGGCUUCUCGGCGGGCGUCUACUGCGUGCUGGGCGUGCACUUCGGCCACUUGUUGCUCCACUGGGCGGACAUGCGACGAGGGGCUUUGAAUCGGUGGGCGCGGUUGCUGAUCUUCGCUGUUUUCUUCGGCGUCGACGUCGUCUACUCGUACGCGGAGCAGGUGUCGGCGACGAUCCACCUCGCGGGGUUCGUGGUCGGCGUCGUUUUGAGCGCGGCCGUGCUGCGCGACCUCGUCGAGCGGCCACGAUCAAUAUUGCGGGGCGCGGCCCGUUUCUUAUUGAUCGCGCUCCCCGUGCUGUUGGUUUUGAGGUACGCGUUCUACAUCAUACAGAGUGACCCGCCCGAGCCCCUGACGUGGCUCUCGGGUGGCGACGUGACGGACUGCUGCUACGUCCUGCGCAAGUGCGGCGUGGCCGACGAGCUCUACGCGCGCUUCUCGUGCCGCGACCUCAGUGACAAGCGGCUCUUCCGCGGGAGCGCGACGGCGCUGUACGGGGGCGGAUCGUUGCUCACGGAGUGCCCGGAGGUCGAGGCGUUCCUAGCUGCUGUGUAACAAUACAUUGUUUAAGCUACGUCGAACGUGCCGUCGGCGUCACUACUGCCGAUGGACUCGAUGUACCACUCGCCCAUGCGUGGUGGACGCCUCCUCUUGCGCAGCUCCCAUAUCCAUUUGCGUUUCCGGUCGUCGCGCGCCACGGUCUCGACGACACAGGUCCCGAUCCAGCCGUCGGGCCCGCCCGCCUGUGUGGAAAUCAAAAUU